AUGCCGGCCUUUGGACGCGGCGGUGCAGGCAACAUUGAAGCACUCAAUGCGACAAAGACAAGUAACGCGACAAACGAGAAGAUAUCAGCAGACCUCGAACGCGGCCAACAAGAAGCCGAAGACUAUGCCGGCACUGCACACCCAGCUCUUCACAAUCAAGAAUACGCACACACUGGACGAGGAGGAGCUGGCAACUACUACAGUCCUCGCGAACUAAAGGCAACGGGCAGGUUUGAAGGCGCAGACACAAGUCAUGUUCUAGGCGACGGUACACCUGCUCCCACGACGAACGAGGACAAAGACAAAGAGCCCGUGGCAGUUCGCCAUGGCAGAGGUGGAAUGGGAAACUUCUUUGGCGUGGAUGAGGACAUGGCGAACAAGUUGAGGAAGAAGCAAGAGGACGAGGCGCGAAAGCAGGAAGAGUUGAAGCAGCAGAUUGAAAAGGGUGUUGAUGAUGUGCUGUCUCGUCCUGAAAAGGCACGUCUGCCUGGUGGUGAGCCUUAUUAG